UGUUACAAUGCAUGUUCUGCAGCACAUUACCUUUUCGUGUGUUUAUUGAUUUCGCGAAGUAUUGGCAUAAUUCGUCCCAAGUUAUGGAUGUCACAAUUCCGCGCAUAUGACUACUGGUUUGGUUGGCUUAGCCGUUUCGCAAAAUCCACAUGAGCGUUUAAGGAUAUUGUACACAAAAAUCCUUGCUACACUACAGACCAUACCUAAUGAUGCAGCGUAUAGAAAAUACACUGAGCAGAUAGUAAAUGAGCGCUUUAAUGCAGUACAGACAGAAAAGAAUAUUGAGAAACUGGAGGGAAAAAUUAACUGUGGACAGAUAGAAGAAGUAAUUGCGCAGGCUGAGAAUGAAUUGCACCUAGCAAGAAAAAUGUUGGAAUGGAAGCCUUGGGAACCUUUAAUUGAAGAACCACCUGCUAACCAGUGGAAGUGGCCAAUCUAAUAUUCCAGUUCUCUAAAUGUAUAUAUAUUGGAAAGUAAUAAACAUUUUGCGGUCUUGCUUGAGUACAAUAAUAUAAUUAAAACAAAACAAAAAAAAGUACUUAUCUCCUGUGUUUAUUAAAUGUUCAUGUACUGAUCUUUUAUUUCUAAUGUUUUUUGCAUACUUUCAGAAGAAUGCAAUUCUGUUUGCAUACAGAACCUUUGUGUAGGGAUAAGGCACACACUCCUAGAAGUUUCUUUGUUUAUGACCUUCUUGCAUUAUACAUUGUAUUAUAGGAAUAUUAAAUUGACUGUCAGAUGUCAUAUUGCUCUCAUUGAUGCAGCCAAUGCCUAUAAACUGUCAUAACAGUAUAGUUAAAUACCUCAGUAGGAUAAGCCCUGUGGCAGAAGAAAGAAUUCUCUAUGUAACUCUCAACUAUGCUACUUUAUAAUGCAAUACAGGUAAGAAGAAUACAGUGGAAACUGAACUAUAUUGGGCACAUUUUUCCUUUCAGACUUAUUUGCAGAGCACUGGUAAAAUGAUUUUGGUUUGUCUGUGUUUCCUAGUAAGCAGUACUGGAAACCAGUUUUUACAUUUAAAUCUUGAAUGUUACAGAAUAAUUUACAAAACUAGAAAAGUAAAGACUGAUUUAAAAGUUGCUAAUAGGCCAAUCUAUAACAAAGUCCCUACAGUAUACCUUAACUUCAGUUUUCCCAGUAAUAUCAUUACAACAGUCACCAGACUGCUUAAAAAAUGAUUUUUUUAAAAAAAAAUAAGCCCAUUGGCUUGGUUUUUGCAGACACACUUGAAGUAACAACUAGUCACUAGUGAUGAUACUGCAUAUCUAUUAACCUGCUCUCAGUCCAACCUAAUGAGAACAGAAGCGCCCACUUGGAUACAUGAUGCAUAUUGGUACAACAAGCAACUGUAGCAUUUCCCUCUGAGCAACUUUCUAUGGUGUUUUAGUUCCCAGUAGUUGUUGUAUAGUUUGCCAUAUGUCUUUCAUUCAAAAUAUAAAAAGUGUUAAAUGAAACACUGCUUUACCAAACAGACCAUUUUCAUUGAAAUACUCCCUUUUAGCUCACUUUAGGUAUCCUUGUACUGUACUGUUCUUGCCAUAUGUUCAGAUUCACAGACCUGCUACAUUCCGACAGGGUGGUGCUAUGUAUAUAAAAAGGGGUGCUUACUGGUAUUAUAAAUAGCCUUAUGUAGAAAUAAAAGUACAUAAAUGACAAAGUACAAACACUCCAAAUAAUUUGAUGGCUCCAUUGAAUAUUCAAGGUGGGGUUCUGCCUCCAUAAUCUGCUGGUCCCAAGAAGGCAAAGAUCUGUAAACAAACAUGAAUGAAGGGGCACGUUCCCAUUGUGGGCUACCAGCAUUCUACAACUUGAGAAAGUCAGGACACUGACAACAAAGGACUUUUUGAUGAGUGAUUGUUUUCCUGCUACAUUGUACUUUUAUGUCAAUAAACAUGCUGUUACAAUUACACAACAAGAUUGUUUGUUUGCUUAGGGUGGUGAACAAGCCUUUCCUGGAAACACACAAGGUUUCAGCAUGUGUGAUUCCCAAGUGUGGCUGAACAUGUCCACGUGUAAUUGGGCUUGGUGUAUUGAGUUUGAUUCCACAUAUUUUGUUUCUGACUGCGUGACCAAUGUAUUACUUUUGUACCUAUAUUUGUUCCAGUGAUCAUCAUGUGCUAGUAAAUAUAACCUUAUGCUCUCUGCUAUUUACACCUCUUAUACAACAGCAAGUUGGAUUUAUCUGUCUAGUUGUCUUUUACUGACAAAGUAAGAACAUAAACUCAAAAAUAACAUUUUGCCUAACUAAGGACAUUGUUUUUCCAAUAUGCAUUCAUUACAAAUUUUUCUGUUUUUGAAAUUAUUUGUAACUGUAACUUAAUACAAUUUGUAAUUGUAUUCAAUUAUUAAAGUAUUUGUCCCUUC